AUGAAGGUGCUCAUGGUCGCAGCCGUUGCGCUGCUGGCCGUUGCUGUUCAUGCCGACGAUGCCGAAAAGGCUGACAUUGGUACUGUUAUUGGUAUUGACCUUGGUACCACCUACUCUUGCGUGGGUGUGUUCAAGAAUGGCCGUGUCGAGAUCAUUCCCAACGACCAGGGCAACCGUAUUACCCCCAGCUAUGUCGCUUUCACUGAAGAUGGCGAGCGCCUGAUUGGUGACGCCGCCAAGAACCAGCUGACCAGCAACCCCGAGAACACCGUCUUCGAUGCCAAGCGCCUGAUUGGCCGCAACUGGGGCGAUUCCUCUGUCCAGAAGGACAAGAAGUUCUUCCCUUUCAAGCUCACCAGCAAGAACGACAAGCCCCACAUUGCCGUUGCCGUCAAUGGCGAGGAGAAGAUUUUCGCCCCGGAAGAAAUCUCUGCCAUGGUCCUCACCAAGAUGCGUGACAUUGCCGAGGCCUACCUCAGCAAGAAGAUCACCCACGCCGUUGUGACGGUUCCCGCCUACUUUAACGAUGCUCAGCGCCAGGCUACCAAGGAUGCCGGUACCAUUGCCGGCCUCAACGUCAUGCGCAUCAUCAACGAGCCCACUGCCGCUGCCAUUGCCUACGGUCUGGACAAGCGUGACGGCGAGAAGAACGUGCUCGUCUUUGAUCUUGGUGGCGGUACCUUCGAUGUCACCCUCCUGACCAUUGACAACGGUGUCUUUGAGGUGCUGUCCACCAACGGUGACACCCAUCUUGGUGGCGAGGACUUUGACCAGCGUGUCAUGGACUACUUUGUAAAGCUCUACAAGAAGAAGCACGGCAAGAACAUUCGCACUGACAACCGCGCCAUGCAGAAGCUCCGCCGUGAGGUCGAGAAGGCCAAGCGCGCUCUCAGCUCCCAGCAUCAGACCCGCAUUGAGAUUGAGUCGUUCUUCGAGGGCGAGGAUUUCUCCGAGACUCUCACCCGUGCCCGCUUCGAGGAGCUCAACAUGGACCUCUUCCGUGGCACCCUCACCCCCGUCCAGAAGGUCCUCGAGGAUGCUGAUCUCAAGAAGAACGAAGUCGACGAAAUUGUCCUUGUGGGUGGCUCGACUCGUAUCCCCAAGGUUCAGCAGCUCGUCAAGGAAUUCUUCAACGGCAAGGAGCCUAGCCGCGGCAUCAACCCCGAUGAGGCCGUCGCCUAUGGUGCCGCCGUCCAGGGCGGUGUUCUCUCGGGCGAGCAGGACACCGGUGAUAUUGUCCUCCUGGAUGUCAACCCCCUGACCAUGGGUAUCGAGACUGUCGGUGGUGUCAUGACCAAGCUCAUCCCCCGUAACUCGGUCGUCCCCACCAAGAAGUCUCAGAUCUUCUCCACUGCCCAGGACAACCAGCCCACCGUCACCAUCCAGGUGUUUGAGGGCGAGCGUCCCAUGACCAAGGACAACCACCUUCUCGGCAAGUUUGACCUCAACAACAUUCCCCCCGCCCCCCGUGGUGUGCCCCAGAUUGAGGUCACCUUUGAGAUUGAUGUCAACGGCAUUCUCCGCGUUUCCGCUGAGGACAAGGGCACCGGCUCAAAGGAGUCCAUCACCAUCACCAACGACCAGAACCGCCUUACCCCCGAUGACAUUGAGCGCAUGGUCCAGGAGGCCGAGCGCUUUGCUGAUGAGGACAAGAAGGUCAAGGAGCGCGUUGAGUCGCGCAACGAGCUCGAGUCGUACCUCUACGGCCUGAAGAACCAGAUUGGCGAUGAUGACAAGCUGGGCGGCAAGCUCUCCGAGGAAGACAAGGAGACCAUCACCGAGGCCGUUGAUGAGAAGAUCUCGUGGCUCGGUGAGAACGAGGAUGCGGAUGCGGAUGACUUUAAGGCUGCCAAGAAGGAGGUCGAGGACAUUGUCGCCCCCAUCGUCUCCAGCCUCUACGAGGGUGCUGGCGCGUCUGCCGGCGGCUUUGAGGAGGACGAGGGUGAGGAGCACGACGAGCUCUAA